AUUAUUUUUGGGUUUUCCAGAAUUUCCAGAAUUUGACAAAUCUGUGUGUUUUUUUCAAAGUGAAUAAACAAAGACACAACUUAUGGAUAUAGAGAUAAAAAACACAUCUGUGAACAGACUGUAACACUUAGUUAUGUCCAGUAAAGAGGCUACUGCAGACAAAGAGUUUCACCGAAAAAGUUCUUGUCUACGUCAAAUGAAAAAUCUUACUGGUAAACAACCUUACAAAUGUGAUGAAUGUUGUAAAGAAUUUAGUAGCAAAGGCAAUUAUAAUAUACACAAGAAAAUCCAUACUGGCGAAAAACCUUACAAAUGUGAUAUUUGUGGAAAAGGAUUUGUCCAAAACAGUAACUGUAAAGUUCACAAGAAAAUCCAUACUGGCGAAACACCUUACAAAUGUGAUAAAUGUGGAAAAGUAUUUGGUCAUAAAGGCAAUUAUAAUAUACACAAGAAAAUCCAUACUGGUGGAAAACCUUACAAAUGUGAUAUUUGUGGAAAGGAAUUUUGCCAAAAAAAUAUUUAUCAAAUUCACAUGAGAACACAUGCUAGCGAAAAACCUUACAAAUGUGAUGUAUGUGAUAAGGAAUUUGGUCAGAAAGGCAACUAUAAUGAACACAUGAGAAUUCAUACUGGGGAAAAACAUUUUAAAUGUGUUUUUUGUGAUCAAGAGUUUCACCGAGAAAGCGCCUGUCGAAUUCACAUGAGAAAGCAUACUGGUGAACAACCUUACAGAUGUGAUGUUUGUGGAAAACAGUUUCGCAGAAAAAGUAAUUGUCUAACUCACAUGAGAACACAUACUGGCGAAAAACCUUACAAAUGUGAUAUUUGUGAAAAAAAGUUUUGCAAAAAAGAUAAUUGUCUAAUUCACAUGAGAACACAUACUGGUGAAAAACCUUACAAAUGUGAUGAAUGUGGUAAAGAAUUUAGUACCAAGAGCAACUAUAAUGUACACAUGCAAAAACAUACUGGCGAAAAACCUUACGCAUGUUAUAUUUGUGGAAAAGAAUUUGGCCAAAGCAGUUCUUGUCGUACACACAUGAUAACACAUACUGGCGAAAAACAUUACAGAUGUGAUGUAUGUGGUAAAGCAUUUGGUCACAAAAGCAAUCGUAAUAAACACAUGAAAAUCCAUACUUGGAAAGAUAAGAUGUGAUAUUUUGAAAAAGAGUUGGCAGAAUCAGUAAUUGUCUGAGACAUACAAAAACAUAUACUGAUAAAAGAAGACCUAAAGUGUGACGUAUGGGUACAAGCUUUAGUUCCGACGGUUAUUAUCGUAAAGACAUUAUAACCCAUACUUGUGAUGAAUAAUUGCAUGCACAUUUACCUGUAUCGGUAAAUAAUUUAGUGAAAAAAGUCACUUUUAUAGGCACACGAGAAUUCAUGAAAUUUACAAAAGUGGUGUACAUGUAUGAAGACAGAUUUUGUACCUUUCCAGAUAAAUAUUGCCAAAUGGCUUCGAAUGGGAUUCCGUCUUUGGGAACGAUUCACAAUGCGGGGUACUAGCUCUUUAUUCACACACAAGUCGGCAGUUCAAUACAGUAAACAUAAACAAAUUGGUAAAGUCCAAAUUCAUUUAAUAAAGUCCAAAUAUAAAGUAUCAGUGUUACAACUUAGUUAAUUUAAACCAAAAACAAUGUAUAUGAUUGCGAUGGAAAAUCCGAACGCAGUUCAUGUGCUCUCGUUGGCAUAUCCAAACGGAGUCCUUAUAUACAAAUUUAUCUUUCUUUA